UCGAUGCUCGUAGGGCAAAUUAUUACAUGCGAUUUACAUGUAAUAAUGCAUUAUCGGUCUCCGUUUCGUUCUUGUAUGCUAAUCGAAACAUCAAAACAAUAGUAAUUGCCAUUCUUUUUACUUCCUGUAGAAUGAAACGAUUCGCGUACCUGCCUAAUAUUGAAAAUCGAUCGUGUGAGUAUUAAAUAACUAAGUAUUAUUUCGCAAGAGGUACAAGCGAACAGAAGCCGGAUAUGGAUGGUUAUCGUUUCGUUGUAAGAUAAAGGGAGCAAAUGUAAUGGAAGCAAAUGUAUGGAGAGUUGAAAAAAAAAAGAAAAAAGAAAAACAUGUGACUUGCUUGGGUAGGAGGUAAAAUACAGGUGAGGCGUCAGAGGCAUUCGAUACGGAGACUCAAUGGGUGGUGGUUCGAGGUUGAUAAGGUCCGUUGUGUCAACGGCCACGCGACGGGUAGCUCCGCGGAGAAUGUUUGGCGUGUCCCGUGCCCCGCCUUCGGCUUCAAAGAAUAAGAGGGAGUAUGGAUCGUCGAACGAGACCGGAGACAAUACUCGAUCUCGUAUAAAAGCUCGUCGACGACGACGUUUAGAUAGAGCAGAUCGGUCAGAGCAAGCAAAAGCAAGCAAGGAGUUUCCGAUCGAUUCUAUCAACCCUUUCGAUAACCCACCGAAUUCAAUCAGCACGAUGUGUACUCUACUAGCAAGCAUCUUGAUGGCUAUCCUUUCGGCCGUAGCAGCUGCACCUUCGGGUUGGGCACCCGGUGCAGCCCUUGCAGGGCCAAUUCUUGGUGCCGCAGCUCUAGCCGGUCCGGCUCUCGGCCCAGCCGCCCUUUCGGGACCAGUCGUUGGACCCGCUCGAGUAUCCGGAGCAGUCGACGGAGGUGCCGUCGUCACUGGUUCCAUCGCUGGACCCUCUCUAGUUUCUGGUAGCAUCGCCCCUGGCACCGCCGUCGUUGGACCCGCUCUUGGAUGGCCAGCUGCUGCAGCUCAUGCUCCGCUUCUUGGUUUGGGAUGGCCUGGUGCGGUUCUUGCUGGCCCAGCGGCCGGACCCGCUGCCCUUUCCGGGCCCAUUGCUGCACCGGCCCUCAUCGCUGGACCUUCCGGUAGCAUCGCAGCCGGAUCCGCUGGUCUCGGUGGAAUAAUACGUGCUGGCCAUUACUAGUUUCAACCCGGUUAUUCAAGAAUACCCGACGACUAUUGACUGAUCUCCUACGACCCAUGCCAUUUUAAAACCGAACACAUCGUGAUCUCCGCCAUUAUACCGCAAAUACCUCCCUAUCGUUCGAACCUCUUAUAUGUUUUAUGUACAUAACAAACGUUCAUAUAUAAUGCAUAUAUAAUAAAAAUAAAUGCAAAUAUAAUAGUAGAGAAUAAUUUUAAA